AUGGCCGCGGCGCGGGGCUGGCUGCCGUGGCUGCUGCUGCUGGCCGGGCCCGCCGCCUCGCCUUGCUCGUGGGCCAGCCCGGCGGAGGAGAGCGGCGCGCGGGGGGCCCGCGGGAGGGAGGCCGAGGCGGGCGGCGGCGGCGGGGCCCAGGCGGAGGAGGCGCGCUCGCCGCCCCACGACUCUUCCUACGGCACCUUCGCCGGCGAGUUCUACGACCUGCGCUUCCUCUCCGACGACGGUUAUCCAUUCCCUACUGCACCUCCAGUGGACCCAUUUGCAAAAAUUAGAGUGGAUGACUGUGGAAAAACAAAAGGAUGUUUUAGAUAUGGCAAACCAGGAUGUAAUGCCGAGACUUGUGACUACUUCCUCAGCUAUCGCAGAAUAGGAGCUGAUAUAGAGUUUGAACUGAGUGCUGAAACAGAUGGCUGGGUGGCCGUGGGAUUUUCCUCAGAUAAGAAAAUGGGUGGAGAUGAUGUCAUGGCCUGUGUUCACGAUGACAAUGGAAGAGUCCGGAUACACCACUUCUACAAUGUAGGUCAGUGGGCGAAAGAGAUCGAAAGAAAUCCUGCCAGAGAUGAGGAAGGUAUUUUUGAAAACAAUCGCGUUACGUGCCGAUUCAAGCGUCCUGUGAAAGUUCCCAGGGAUGAGACUAUUGUAGAUCUUCAUCUGAGCUGGUACUAUUUAUUUGCUUGGGGCUCAGCAAUUCAAGGUUCUAUAACUCGGCAUGACAUAGACUCUCCCCCUGUCUCCGAGCGCGUGGUCAGUAUUUACAAAUACGAAGAUAUUUUUAUGCCCUCCGCUGCCUACCAAACCUUCUCUUCCCCCUUCUGCCUGCUGCUUAUUGUUGCCCUGACAUUUUAUUUAUUGAUGGGAACCCCAUGAGGACGGCGGUGGUGCGUGCGGGGAACCAGGAAGAGAUGGCGGUGGUGCUUGUGGGAGCCUUUUCUACUGGAAUUUAUGUUACUGGACAUUUAGCUGCUUGUUCAGCGUGAGCUCCUUGGGUGACCAGUUAAGGAACUUUACUGCUACUUGAGCCAUAGAGAUGUGCCAAACAGUCAUGUCUGGUGGGGAAAAGCAAGGAGCUGUUGUAAUUUGACUCGACACUUUUAUUAGAUAUAGUGCUUAUUUCAGGAGUUUUUGGUUAAAUGGGUGUAAUUACGUCAUAUUUGAGUAACAUAUAUUGUUUUGCUUUCUAAGUUUGCAUUGCCUUCAGUCAAGAGAGAAAAAUAGGUGAAAUGUGUCUUAUUUGCAAGGAGAUUUAGGUAAUAUUUUAUAAACUUAACAUUUAUAAUGUAGGCUUGGGAUCCUGGAGUUGCAGCGUUUCUCCCCCCAAGAAUUCUGGAUCUAACAGACUUUGUUGAUUGAUUCAGACAGGUGCAAAUGGCUCAAAAACUAACCAAUACUACAUUCUCUGAAGGGGAAGAAGUCUGGAAAGGAGGAUACUUUUUGUGCAGAAUGUUAAUAAUUGGCUUUGCUACCAGAGUAAAUCACUGACAUAGAUGCCCUUUCAGAAAAGGGCCGGCUAGCUCUACUAGUUUCAUAAAUAUACAAAAUUAGUGCCAUUGGAAAGCCUUUUCCUACAUAAGUAAUGUGAUCAAGAAAAAAUAAUUGCUCACUUUCUAGCGUAGACAGCAAUUUUUUUUCUGUUUCCCCCCCAAACCAGCACUAUAUGAGAUAUAUGACUCAAACAGAACAUUUUUCUGUAGCUGUAUACUUUGAGACAGUUUGUGUAUGCAUAAAAAUGAACCAUGUGUGAGAAGAAGAAAAAAUCAGUUUACAGUUUGCAUUUUCCCUUUGCCAGAGACAAAGUUAGUUCAUGUUAGAUAUUGAAUCAAUGGUGAAUAUGUGCUCGAAACCACCUUACUUUCUGUUCUUGGAAGCAGAAAUACCAUAAUGCCUAAGUAUAUACAAACGCAUCAGUGUAUUCUUAGGCAAAAUUAUGAAUACACAAAACAUGGAAGAUUGCCAUCAGAGUGUACCCUGCAAAAUAUAAUGCUGAGUACAUGUAACAUUUAAGUUUACAUCUUACUUUUAUUAAGCUUUAUAGUCCACAAAAGCUUGAUAUAAUUAAAUUUGUCAUAGAAAGACCUCAAUGCAUGUAAAGCAUCACCAUACAGAUUAUCCAAAUAAUUUGAAUAUGUUGCUAGCACAAAUUGACUCUGCUUGGAAAAGUAUACAUUCACCACUAAACUGUAUUCCAA